AGACCGUAAAACGAUGCCCCAUGCUUUUAAUAAGCCCUCAGAGAAAGGUAUUUUGCUAGAGGUCAAUGAGAACAAUGGAACAAGAAGAGAGGACCAUCAAGCCAAGAAAGAUUCAACAGAGGUGAAAGUUGAACCUACAUUGCCAAUUAAAAGGGAAAACGGCACAUCCAGCGUAACCCCAAGAUCCGAGCAAACACAGAAAAUGAAUAAGACUGAAAAUAAGAGCAUGCCACCAACCCAGAAUCAUGUCCUGAUACCGAUCAGAACUCCAGCCAUUGCUUCCCAAAAAACAGAAGCCCAAGAAAUCAGGAAAGUGCCGCCACCAAAUAUUAAAGUUCCUGUAGCAGCGGCUGUGAUUAUUCCCAACACAACUGGACAGACGUGCACUGAAUCUGUGAAUGUAACCCCAGCAAAUCAUAUCUUACCCAAGACAACCGUCACUCCUGCAGCGCCACCAUUAGUAAACAACAAUACCCCCAAACUCACUGUAUCGGAAGUCCCUAAAGACUUCAAACCAUCCCAUAAAUAUCCACAAACAAGUCUGCCACCAUCAGUAGCUGCACAGAGGUCUGAACAAACACCAGUAAAUAUGCCUACAACAAAAACAACAACACCACAAGAUGCAGCAUUGUUUCCUCCAACCCACAAACCACCUAAAACAGUGGGUUUAAGUGUUACCACUGCAACAAAAGAGGCUUCCUCCCUCAGACAAGUGCACAGCUGCCCCAAUUCUUUACAAAGAUUACAGGUCCCUGGAUUAAAGGCAGAUUUGGUCCACACUGUAACAUCAACACUGACUAGUAAAAAAAGAGCAACUGAAACUGUUGGAGCAGCAAAGCUAACAUCAGAUGGAAUACAGAUUAAAAUAAGUUCAGCUACAGACAAGAAUUCAGCACAGACAAAGAGCUACAACCCUCCUAAACUCUGUUUUAAAGUUAUAGAUGAUGUUUCACCUCAGCCUGCUCCUUUUGCGCACCGGUUUGUGGCGCUGAAGUCUAGCCCUCCGCCCUGUGACACCUUCAGUAUCCACACCAGAGAAGUGCUUGGAGGUGGCCGCUUUGGUAAGGUGCAUAAAUGUACGGAGACUAGAACGGGGAUGAGGCUCGCUGCCAAAAUCAUCAACACAAGAAAUUCCAAAGAAAGAGACAUGGCACUGAAUGAGAUGCAGGUCAUGAACCAGCUGAGCCACCCCAACAUCCUCCAGCUUUAUGAGGCCUUCGAGGUCAAGAAUCAAGUCGUGCUCAUCCUGGAAUAUGUGGAGGGAGGCGAGCUGUUCGAGAGGAUUGUGGAUGAAAGCAGUCCGCUGACGGAGGUGGAUGCGAUGGUGUUUGUGAAGCAGAUCUGUGAGGGCGUUCAGUACAUGCAUCAGAUGUACGUGCUUCAUCUGGACCUUAAGCCAGAGAACAUCCUCCUUGUUAAUCGCUCUAGCCAUCAGGUGAAAAUUAUCGACUUUGGACUAGCCAGGAGAUAUAAACCACGAGAGAAGCUCAAAGUUUCAUUUGGAACGCCUGAGUUUUUAGCUCCAGAGGUUGUGAACUUUGAUUUUGUCUCCUUCCCUACGGAUAUGUGGACUUUGGGAGUCGUCACUUACAUGCUUUUAAGUGGCCUCUCUCCUUUUCUGGGUGAUGAUGACGGCCAGACCCUCAAUAAUGUGCUCAUGGGGAACUGGUACUUCGACGAGGACGCUUUUGAGCACGUGUCUGCUGACGCGCGGGACUUUGUUUCCAACCUACUGAUCAGAGAAAGAAGUGGUCGUAUGAGUGCCACACAGUGUCUCAAACACCCAUGGCUCAACAACAUCUUUGAGAAAGCCAAAAGCAGUAACAUCGUGCUCAAGUCACAGGUUCUCCUCAAGAAAUACAUGGCCAGGCGAUUGUGGAAGAAAACUACAUAGCUAUCGCUGCAGCAAAUAGGUUCAAGAAGAUUGGAAGUUCAGGUUCCUUGACCUCACUUGGAAUCUGAGUAUGUUCAAACUCUUAUAAUACACAGGUCAUGUCUUUGUAUUGCUGUGCCGCACUGCAAAUCACCUUUCACCUCUGAAGUUUGACUGGCUGCUGAUUUUAAUUGCAUUGGUAAACCACACAAAUCUAUAAUGUGCAAGAACCAUUUAUUUAUACAAUACAUAUAUAUCUUGUAUAUUGUUUCAAGCAUUCAUAAAUUAAACGUAUAGCUAUAAACACUCACCGGCCACUUUAUUGGGUACACCUUACUAGUACAGGGUUGGACCCCCUUUUGGCUUCAGAACUGCCUUAAUCCUUUGUGGCAUAGAUUCAACAGGGUACCGGAAAUAUUCCUGAGAUUUUAGUCCAUAUUGAAGUGAUAGCAGCACACAGUUGCUGCAGUUUAGUUUGCUGUGCAUCCAUGAUGCGAAUCUCACGUUCCACCACAUCCGACAGGUGCUCAGUUGGAUUGUGAUCUGGUGACUGUGAGGACCAUUUGAGUACAGUGAACUCAUUGUCAUGUUCAAAAAAACAGUCUAAGAUGAUUUGCUCUGCAUGACAUGGUGCAUUAUACUGCUGAAAGUAGCCAUCGGAAGAUAGGUAGGCUUAGGCGUUGACACAAUGCUCAAUUGGUACUAUUGGGCCUAAAGUGUGCCAAGAAAAUAUCCUCCACACUAUUACACCACCACCACGCUGAACUAUUAAUACAAGGCAGGAUAGAUCCAUGCUUCAUGUUGUAGACGCCAAAAUCUGACCCUGCCAUCCUAAUGUCACAGCAGAAGUCAAGACUCAAUCGGCCAAGCAACAUUUUUCCAAUCUUCCAUUGUCCAAUUUUGGCGAGCCUUUGCAAAUUGUAUCUUCAGUUUCCUGACUAAAUGCAUUGAGUUGGUGCCAUGUGAUUGACUGAUUAGAACUUUGCGUUAAUGAGCAGUUGGACAGUUGUACCUAAUAAAGUGGCCAGUAUGGGAGAGCAUGUGGCUAAAAUGGAAAAUGUCCUAAAUAAAAGGGAGCAACUUUUCUUUUUUUUGAUCUGAUAAUGCCUAAGAUUUUAUUAUUCAUAUUUUAAAUGGCCAGUAAAUGAAGACCACGUAUCCAAAAUGUGACAGGAAAAUAAUGGUGGUCUGACAUAUUUUACGAGAAAUAAUUGUUGGUUCAUGAACAGGAAGUAAAAACAAGAAGUUCAGUAUGAAUUUUUGCUCGUAUCAACAAAGUAUUUCAUGCAGAAGAUCCUGUUUUGAAAUGUGACGAAACAUUUAUAUUCAUUUGCUGAUGAUGAUCAGACUGUAAAUACAGGUGGUUAAAUAAGCAGUGGCAUGUUCAUUCAAAUUGCAUGUGUCAUUAAAUUUAUAAUGUGACUUCCAGAAAUAAACGAAUAAGAAAGUAUUGGAAAAACA